GGCUUGUUCUGUUCUGCCUCCCUUUUUAAGCUCAUCUCCUCCUACCAAAGAGAGGCAAACCUCUCUCUCGAGACUUAAGUUUCCUGAUAACUACAAGUCUACAACUCCUCUCUAUCUCUUUCUCGUCACUCGUCAGCUCUCAAGAGAGAACGCAAAAGGUAGCGGAGCUCGUGGAGAUUCUGGACAUGGAGGGCCUCAUCCCGUUCAUCUACAGGGCCGUGGCGCAGUACAGGAAGGAGGGGCAGGUCUCCUUGGGCGACCUCUUCUUCGACGAGCCAUCCCCGUCGUCGCCGACCUCGUCCUACUUCCGUCUCCCUGGGGACUCCGGCAGGUACCAGCUCUUCACGCAGACGUCUUCGUCCGCCGACUCCGGUGCGGUCGGAGCGGCGCGGCGGUCUCCGGCGAACCGCCGGCGCACCCUGGAGCAUGGCGGAUCACGGUGACCGGUUGAAGGGCAGGCCGUAAGGCAACAAAAGCAACCGAAGCAAAAUAAGUUCCUAGGUACGUCCUACGUAGUGUACAUGCAGAUACGAUGGUGAUUGCUGGAGCAACUGCAAAUACGAGCUGUGCAGACUUGCAAUUUAUGCCUUAAGUACAGUAUUUCCGUGUAUUUUCUUACAGCUUGUAAUGGUCCGUGAGUGUCAACUGUGAAUAUGGGGUGCAUAAGCCUAAGCGCAGGCCCUCCGAAGGAGGCUUGUCAAAGUGUAAUAUUGCCAAUAAAAGCGUGUGCAUGUACAAGGUUGUAAACGCAAACAUGUCUGGUUGCAGAAACUGCAAAAGAAGUUAGUUCCUGGUAUAAAGUAUCAAGAUAUUGCUGAUUGCGUUGUUGUUCA